AUGGCAGAAGGUACAAGAUCGUAUGCUCAGAUUGUGGAUACAGUUAAUCAACAAGAAGCAGCAAGAUUGGAAAGGGAAACUCAAGAGAAAAGAUUCUCAGAUCUUAUGCAGCAGCUUUCAAGACUUUCUUGCACCACUUCUGAAGAGAAGGGACAGAAUGCAAGGAAUAAUCAAGACAGUCAUCUUGGAGGCAGAGAAGGUGAUGAAGAAGAAGUGCACACUCAUGACAUGGGCGACAGAUCUGUUGCUAAAAGGAUUAAGCUUGACUUUCCAAGAUUCUUUGGCAAGAAUCCUGCAGCAUGGAUAUAUAGGGCAAAUCAGUAUUUUUUGUAUCAUCAAAUUCCUCCUGGACAAAGAAUUUUCUUGGCUUCAUUUCACAUGGAGGAAGAAGCCCUUGUCUGGUUUCAAGAUGCUAGUGAAGCUGGCACUUUUCAUUCCUGGGAAGAAUUUACAAAAGUUGUUCAAGUGAGGUUUGGGUCAUCAGCUUAUGAUGAUCCAAUGGAGGCAUUAACAUGUUUAAAACAAAUUAAUUCUGUUACUACUUACAAGGCAGAAUUUGAGUUACUUUCAAAUAGAAUUGAAGGGGUUUUUGAAAAAAACAAGCUUAGUUGUUUAUUGAGUGGCAUGAAGGAUGAAGUAAGGCUCCCAGUGAGGAUGCUCAACCCAAUUGCUUUAAAUGAUGCCUUUGGUUUAGCCAAGAUACAAGAACAGUAUGUGUGGGCAACAAAAGAUCGUGGAAGGGCUCUAAUAUGGAUCUUGGUGGGAAUUCUGCAGAAAGUUUUUGAAGCACAAAUGCAAGAAAGAAGAAAGAAAGGUCUUUGCUAUUUUUGUGAAGAUAAGUGGCAUCCAGGCCACAAGUGCAUUAAGCCAAAGAUCUAUGUGUUAGAAGGAAUGGAUAUUUUCGGGGAUGAAACUGUUGAAGAUCAAGCUAAAGUGGAGAUUGUUGAAGAAGAUAUGGUGGUUAUUUUGAUAGAUACUGGUAGUACUCAUAAGUUUGUGGAUACAACAGUGGUUGCUAAGUGUGAUUUGGCUGUUGAUACAGCUCAAUCCAUUCAGGUUCGUGUGGCAAAUGGUGAUGUUGUUGACAGUUUGGGUAAAAUUCCUGCUGUAACAGUUCAAAUGCAAGCUGCAAAUGCAAUUCUUUUAUGGCACAAGAACUGUGUUCUUAAGGGGCUGACAUCAACAAAUACUAAGUUGGUUGAUAACAAGGAGUUAGCUACUAUUUCUAAAGUGGGAUCAAAAGGAUUUUGGCUCCAAUUACUGGUUGUGGGACCAAUUCAGAAGCAAUCCACUAUACCUACCCAAAUUGAGGAGUUGUUGCAGACUUAUCAAGUGAAUGCAGAAAUUGAGAACAUAGUAGCUGAUUUACUUAAAACUGGAGUUAUUAGACCAAGUCAAUCCUCAUUCUCAUCACUUGUGUUACUGGUCAGGAAGGCAGAUGGGUCUUGGAGGAUGUGCAUCGACUAUCGAAUGCUUAAUGAGGCCACCAUUAAAGAUAAGUAUCCAAUUCCAGUAGUUGAUGAACUCUUGGAUGAAUUAUUUGGCUCAACCAUUUUUUCAAAGCUUGAUCUUAGAUCUGGUUACCACCAGAUAAGAAUGAGGCCUCAAGACAUACACAAAACUGUCUUUAGAACACAUGAGGGUCAUUAUGAGUUCCUUGUUAUGCCCUUUGGACUCACUAAUGCUCCCUCCACUUUUCAAGCUCUCAUGAAUGAUGUUUUUAAACCAUUCUUGAGAAAAUUUGUAAUUGUGUUCUUUGAUGAUAUACUCGUAUAUAGCAAAGAUCUAGCAGCUCAUUUGACACAUUUAGCUACUGUUUUGGGAGUUUUGAAGCAAAAUCAGUUGUAUGCUAAAAAGUCUAAGUGUCAUUUUGCAUGCCAAGAGAUUGAGUAUUUGGGCCAUCUGAUUUCCAAGGAGGGUGUGAAGGCUGACCCAAGGAAAUUAGAGGCAAACUGGCCAGUUCCAAGAACUCUUAAAGCUUUGAGAGAUUUUUUGGGUUUAACUGGUUAUUACAGAAAGUUUAUUCAACACUAUGGAAAGAUUGCCAACCCUCUGACUUCUUUGUUAAAAAAGGAUGUUUUUUUGUGGAAUGAAGAAGCUUCUAUGGCCUUUAAGGAGUUAAAGGAAGCUGUUGUAAAUCUGCUUGUGUUAGCCUUGCCAGAUUUCACUUAA